AUGACGAUUAAUUUACAAGGUAAAGUAGCACUUGUUACUGGUGGUACAUCAGGUUUGGGCGAAGCUGUAUGCCGACAAUUUGCGGCUGAGGGAGUAAAUCUAGCCAUCAAUUAUAAUAAAUCAAAAGAAAAAGCGGGUGUUCUUGUAAAAGAAUUGAUACUGAAAUUCAAAAUAAAGGCUGUUUCAUUUCAAGCGGAUUCUACAGAUGGUGAAGGGAUUGAUAAUUUAGUCGAAUCAGUUUUAAAGGAGUUUGGAAAACUUGACAUUGUUAUUUCAAAUGUAGGUUGGACUAAAAUUGUUCCUUAUGAUGAUCUUGAUGCUCUUGACGAUGAAUUAUGGGAUGGAUGCUUUAAUGCAAACGUGAAAUCACAUUUCAAAUUGUUCAAAAGCACCAAAAGAUACUUAGAACAAAAUAAAGAAGGAGGAACUUUUAUAGUCACAGCUUCCGUAGCUGGUAGAAUUGUGUACGGUUCAAGUAUACCUUAUGCUGUCAGCAAGGCAGCACUUAUCCAUCUUGUUCGUAUGCUCGCUAAAACUCAAGGCCCAAGUAUUCGUAUUCACGCUGUUUGUCCCGGUUUAUUAUUGACAGAAUGGGGAAAGCAAUUUUCCCCUGAAAGAAUUGAGUCAACUAAAAGCCGUUCGCCAUUACAUGUAUUAGCUGAUGUUGAUGAGAGUGCUUCUCAUUUUUUACAGUUGUCAAAGUUAUCGACUUCCACGGGAACCAUCGUCGGAAUUGAUGCUGGCAUCUCAAUUUAA